AAUUAGGAAGUUUCAAUCACAAUUCACAGCUCACCUAACCCCUUAUUAUUAUAUUAAAAAAACAUACUCUUAUUUGACAGCCUACAGGCGAUCAUAUCUUUGCGCGCUCUUCUGUAGCUACCUGUACACACAGCGAGAGAGUGAGAGAGAGCGAGAGAGGGAGAGAGAUAUAGCUGAGCAGUAUACGCAGCAAAGCGAGGAUGACUUCGCCGCCUGAAAUGGCGAAGAAAGUAGAUAUAGAGAGAGGAUCGCCGGAGGGAGAACAACGAGGAGGAGGUCGUUUCGAGUAUUUCGGAUGGGUUUAUCAUUUAGGAGUUAAUAAAAUUGGUCACGAAUUUUGUCGCCUUCGCUUCCUAUACAUCCGCGGUAGUCUCCUUCUUAUGUACAAGCGAGAUCCUCAUGAUAAUCCUGGCAUUAAACCGAUCAGGAGAGGUGCUAUUGGGCACACACUAAUGGUGGAGGAGUCGGGGAGACGAAAAGUUAACAAGGGUGAUGUUUACGUUCUGAGGUUAUACAACCGGUUGGAUGAGACGAAGAAGGGAGAAAUUGCUUGUGCUACUGCUGGAGAAGCUCGAAAAUGGAUGGAAGCAUUUGAUCAUGCGAAGCAACAGGCAGAGUAUGAGCUGUCUAGAGGCCGUAGUACCAGAAACAAACUGAACAAGGAGACAGAGAUUGAUCUGGAUGGGCAUCGGAGAAGAGUAAGGCAUUAUGCACAUGGUCUUAAAAAGUUAAUAAGGAUAGGGCAAGGUCCGGAGACUCUUUUGCGCCAAUCCUCACUGAAUGUCAACAUACAAACCGCAGGGAACUUAGAAGGAGAUAGCGGAGAUGUUAUUGAAGGGCACGAGUGGAAGUGUGUCCGCACAGUAAAUGGUGUUAGAGUAUUUGAGGAUGUUGCUGGCGUUAAGGAUGGUAAAGCAGUUCUUGUCAAAGCUGUUGGUGUUGUUGAUGCAAGUGCGGAUACUGUUUUUGAAGUGAUAUUUAACAUUGACCGACAAUGGAGAUACGAGUGGGAUGUACUGACAGUGGACUUGGAGCUGGUCGAUUCUUUGGAUGGACACUAUGAUAUUGUUUAUGGCACACUUGAUGCUGCAUAUCAGACUAGGUGGUCAUCCAAGAGUGAUAUUGUCUUCUCCAGACAAUGGUUUCGUGGACAAGAUGGAACUUAUACAAUAUUGCAUUUCCCGGCUAUGCAUAAGAAGUGUCCCAAAAAACCGGGUUAUCGGCGCAUAAAAAUUAACCCUUCUACCUGGGAGAUAAGAACUUUAAAUACCACAGCAGGCGAUGCCAAGUGUCUUGUAACACAUAUGUUGGAGGUUGAUUCUAAAGUCUGGCGUGGUUGGAAGAAAAAUCAAAGAUCGAAGUUUGAAAAAACUGUUCCCUAUGCAUUAUUGAGUCAAGUUGCAGGUCUCAAGGCAUACAUUGGUGCAAACCCCGGAUUUAGUAAUGAAUCAUCCAGUACGUUUCUAUGCUCGAAAAGUUCCGAUUACUCUACAUCAGAUGGUGAAUUCGUGGAUGCAGCAGAAGCUACGGAUGAAUUCUAUGAUGCUUUAUCUUCUGACUCAUCGUCAUCUGAAGAGGAUAGUGAUAAAGAAGUGGAAUCUGAUAGUAAGGUGAGAAAAAUAAAGCUGAAGAACGUGUCUUGGGCUAUUGCUGGCUUCUCGAGGAAGCGAACUGCAGAUCCAUUCGCCAGUAAGGAGUUUGAUACAAGUGUGGAUCCGGUUGCUUUAGAUCCUACCCAAUACAAAGGUUCGAUGCGCCAGGCGAAGGAUGGGGCUGACAGUGAUUGCUGGGCAUCUCCAGAUGGUGCUGACUUUAAGAUCAGAGGAAAGACGUAUUUAAAGGAUAAUACUAAGAUUGCAGGAGGAGAACCCCUUCUUAAACUUAUAGCCGUCGACUGGUUAAAGGGUGAUAGUUGCAUCAAUAACAUUGCAUUACAUUCCAGUUGUCUUGUUCAGUCCGAAGCUGGCAAAAAACUCCCGUUCAUUCUUGUUAUUAAUCUGCAGGUUCCUGCUAAACCAAACUACAGUCUGGUACUCUACUAUGCUGCCAACAGGCCUGUAAAUGGAAGUUCAUUGCUGGGUCAAUUUGUGAAUGGGACGGACUUGUUUCGUGAUUCAAGAUUCAAACUCAUCCCAAGUAUAAAAGAGGGAUAUUGGAUGGUCAAGCGUGCAGUUGGAACAAAAGCUUGUCUGUUGGGAAAAGCAGUGACAUGCAAUUACCUUAGACAGGACAACUUUUUGGAGAUUGAUGUUGAUAUUGGCUCAUCAUCUGUUGCAAGGAGCAUCAUUGGUCUGGUGCUUGGAUAUGUAACAAGUAUCGUAGUGGAUCUUGCAAUACUAAUAGAGGGAAAAGAAGAGAAUGAACUUCCAGAAUACAUUCUUGGCACUGUUAGGCUUAACCGUGUGAAACCUGAGUCUGCUGUGCCUUUCAGUGUAUAGACUCAUCUUUAGAUAAAAAUAUAUUCAGUACAGCUCUAGUCCAACAAAAGCCCUAUUGCAGUUUUGUGCCUUUCAGUGUAUAGACUCAUCUUUAGAUAAAAAUAUAUUCAGUACAGCUAUAGUCCAACAAAAGCCCUAUUGCAGUUUUGUGCCUUUCAGUGUAUAGACUCAUCUUUAGAUAAAAAUAUAUUCAGUACAGCUCUAGUCCAACAAAAGCCCUAUUGCAGUUUUGCGACUGUAGUACAUAUGAGAAACUACAGAUUUUAAUGUGAAAAUUAGUUAUGUAAAUUAUGUACAAUCCAGCAUUAGUUCUUACAAUUUCUCCGCAGUGAGAAGCUUGUAAUUUACAAUUUUUUAAAUACAUACUGUAGAAGAGUUUUAAAAAUCACAGAGCAAGUUAGAUGA